GAUGCAGAAACUGGAAGGAGGAGGCGCAGCAGCGGCAGGAGGACGGCGAAUUGCACACCCAGCCGCCGGAGGAAGGAGCUGAGAGCUGCAUUGCUCCAGAGACGGAGGGGCUGGCGACACUUCCAGCCUCCUGUCAUUAAAAAGAUCAUCCUCGGUCAACUUCUCACUGCUUCCUUUCUCCCCCCCUUUUAAUUAUUAUUACUAUCCUCGUCGUCCUUUCCUCCCCUCCCCUCCCCUCUCCUCUCCCGCUCGCUCGCUCGCUUUCCCCUCCUUCUUUCCUACCUCCCUCCCCCUCCCCAAAAGAAGAAGGGGAAAAAAAGGGGGGGCCCGCUGGGUGGAACUUUGAUUUCGCGUCUCGAAACUCCCCCGUCUGGGAAAAGGAAUCCAGCGAGCAGCCAGGAGGCCGUCUCGAAGGAGAAGCAGCGGCAGAGAGAUCAAAGCGCUUGAGGAAGGGCGAGACAGACGCCUCCUGGGAGCAACCGGAUCAAGGUGCUGCUGGUGGCUGCGCCGGAGAUACAAGAGGUCUGUCCGCGCAAUGCUUGCUUUCCGAAGAAGAAACACACACGCAAAUAAAAGCUGAUCUCAGGACGGAAAGGAGCGGGCUUUUAAGAAUCUUUGGAUGCGUUUCUGCCCUUGCUGUGGAUUCUGAUUUGCUUCGAUCACAGCUUUUUUCUUCUUUUCUGCAAAACGUCCAAACCCAAAUUCUUCUCGACAAUUCUUUUUUUUUUUUUUUGGCGUGUGCGGCUCGACCUCCCCAUCGCCUUUCUAAAUACGAUUUUGCCCCCCCCCCCCCCGCUCCCGGCGUCUGAACCUUUCCUUUCGGCUGGAUUUAGCACCUACUUUGGAUCACCAGGGAUCUAAAAUCUUGUGCCUUUGGGCUUCUGCAAUAUAUUUUUGCUUUGUUUUGGAGGAGGGGGGCUUAAGGGAGAAAACAACCCUCACCAUCAUCCGCAACCUGAUAGUUUGCUUCUGUUUGAACCACCCCAGAAGAAAAUAUUUCCAUCUCCUGUGUUGUUCCUGUUUUUUUUUUGGUUUUUUUUGAGGGGGGGUAUUAUCCUGAUACCCUUCCCCCCCCUCUUUUGCUCCACUGGUUUUUUUUUCCCUAGUGGGGGGGAGAGAAAGCCCACGCACUUCCUUUAAAUAAACUGUAGGGAUUCUCUCCCCCCCCCUUGUGGAUUUAGAAGGAUUUUUGAAGAGGGCGAAACGAGAAGGAGAGACGAAGGGGGAAUUAAACCCAAGCCGUUUAAGAGACUGGCGUAUGCUUCAGAUUGCCUUGGCUGCUUCUGCACCGGUUCCACCAGCAUCAGCAACAGCAGCGCGGCCGCCGCCGCCGCCGCCAUCAGCAUUCGUCCUCUGUUCCCACUUCAUCCCAAUCAUUUCAGGCUGCUUAUACUGGCUGCCUGGACUCGGAUCCCGGAUUCUUCAUGAGUUGCGGACGACAUGCCCGUUUUUUAGCCGGGGAACCUUCUUCUCGUCCCGCAUGUUCAGGACCAAACGAUCGGUGCUCGUCCGAAGACUCUGGCGGAGCCGUGCGCCCGGCGGGGAGGAGGAAGGCGGCGAACUUGGAGAAGGAGCCGCGGACAGCCGGGCGCAUGGGACCGGGGGUGGAGGCGGCGGCGGCGGCGGAGGUAGCCGGGGCUGCUGCAUGGGCAAGUCGGGGAAACUCGCCAAGGCACACAUCGGAUCGGAGGCUGAAUUGAAAGCGCUGACCCACUCGGUGCUGAAGAGGCUGAAGGAGAAGCACUUGGAGGGCCUCCUACAAGCCGUGGAGUCCCGGGGAGGCACUAGGACCUCUUGCCUCCUGUUGCCCAGCAAGGUGGACUCCAAGCUGGGUCAGCACUGGUACUCUCUCCCUCUACUGCUGUGUAAAGUCUUUCGGUGGCCCGAUCUCAGGCAUUGUUCGGAAGUCAAGAGGUUAUGUUGCUGUGAAUCCUAUGGGAAAACUCACCCGGACUUGGUCUGCUGCAACCCUUACCACCUCAGCAGGCUCUGUGAACUAGAGUCUCCUCCUCCACCCUACUCCAGAUACCCAAUGGAUUUUCUCAAACCAACUGCAAGUUGUCCAGACUCUGUGCCUUCCUCCACUGAGACAGGGGGGACUAAUUAUUUGGCCCCUGGGGGGCUUUCAGAUUCCCAAGUUCUACAAGAAUCGGGGGAUCCGUCACACUGGUGCGUGGUGGCAUACUGGGAAGAAAAGACGCGUGUGGGUCGGCUAUAUUCUGUCCAAGAGCCCUCCCUGGAUAUCUUCUAUGAUCUACCUCAGGGGAAUGGCUUCUGCCUCGGACAGCUAAAUUCGGACAAUAAAAGCCAGCUGGUGCAGAAAGUCCGUAGCAAAAUCGGCUAUGGCAUCCAGCUGACCAAGGAAGUCGAUGGAGUGUGGGUUUAUAACCGCAGCAGUUACCCGAUUUUCAUCAAGUCGGCCACACUGGACAACCCCGACUCCAGGACGUUACUAGUUCAUAAAGUGUUCCCAGGCUUUUCCAUCAAAGCGUUUGACUAUGAGAAAGCUUACAGCUUACAGAGGCCCAAUGACCACGAAUUCAUGCAGCAGCCGUGGACUGGCUUCACUGUUCAGAUCAGCUUUGUAAAGGGCUGGGGCCAGUGCUAUACAAGACAGUUCAUCAGCAGUUGCCCGUGCUGGUUGGAGGUUAUUUUUAAUAACCGAUGACUUGAGACUCAGACUGGACUCAACAAUGACAUUUUAUAACUACUUUGCUGCUAAAUAUCUCCUUCUGAGUGCUUGCUUUUUCAUGCAAACUUUUUUUGUUUGUUCUGUUUUGAGAAAUAGCUUAUGGAAAGAUUUCUUUCUUUUUGUUUUUUGGCUUCGAUAUUUUGGGAAGUUUUUUGUUUGUUUUUUAAGUGUGAAUGACCAAUAACUCAGAAGGGAAAGGAAGGCACCUGGGGCAGGGUGGGAGUGGGGGUUUGGGAUGGAGGAGACUUCAUUUGAACGUAUUUCACUAGUUUUUUCAUUUUGUACCCUUUAAAUUAUUAUCCAAAUCUGGUGGGUAAAAUUGGAUGCGACAUGGUUUUUUGCAUUGCUCUCUCUCUCUCUCUCUUUCUCUCUCUCUCUCUCUCUCUCUCUCUCUCUCUCGGCAUGUCUACACCAGCCAUUUAUCCUGGGAUCGUCCCGGGAUCAUCCCUGUGCAUCCAAAUGACACAUGGGGGAUCCUGGGGGCAGGCAGGGACGAUCCCCCCAUUUUCCUGGGAUAAUCCUUAGGUGUAGAAAGGGCCUCUCUUGAAUUCAAAAAAAUCUCAUGACUUCCUCCCCCUACCCUUUGUAAACAUACACACACAAUCCAAAGAUCUGUGUUUUCUUCAGUAGAUACACAAUGUUCUUGUGCACUUGGACUGUUUCAUUCAUUUUAGUGGAGGGAGCAGAUCUGCACACAGUGCAUCAAGAUCCAUUUUCUCCAUUGAAAUUAAUGAAGAGGCCAUCACAGGUAGUGGGGCUCCAAAUGCACACUGGAGCUGAUAAGCCUGUAAGUGUUUUUAUUUAAAAAAAACCCAAUGAUCUAGCACCAGGUUCCCUUGAAUCUGGUGCUAAAUCAUUUAUAUUAUUCGACUGUUGUGAGGUGCCUUCCUCCUAAUCACACACAUUGAGCGGGGGGUUGGACUCGAUGGCGUUAUAGGCCCCUUCCAGCUCUACUAUUCUAUGAUAUAAACCCGUCUGUCUUGCUGCAGGUUCUGUAUUAUGGCAGAUCAUUCCAUCUGCUAUUUGUAACAACAAACACACCAACUCCUUAGCUGGUCUGAAGGAAGCUGACCUGUGGUGGUGAUAGAAACCCCUCAUGGUCACCGGCACUGAAUGAAUGUACACAACAUGCGUGCAUACAUAACAAAGUCAGUUUGGGGUGCAAAUGCAGCAGAAUAAAACUUUCGCCAACAACUUUUAUGACUUUCUCUUUCCCUCUUCCUGCCCUCUCCACUGUGACCACCUGCUGCUUUAACUCUUCAUGUCUGUGUCAUUGUGGAGGUAAAAGAAGCAUGGGUUUCACAGGACAUGCCCAUGUUUCACUUAUUAGUGAUCAUUUGUGAUGCCACGAAAAUGAUAAGGUGCAUGGCCUGUGCUUUUCAAAUGGAUCUGCGAUGCAGAUUUCUUGAUACCUUUUUCUUUUUUUUAAAGGACGAAAAGGAUUUUCAGUAUUUAUCCCCUUGUAACCUGUCAUGGUCAGGUUUAUGAUAGUACUGUUUGCAUCCAGAAAUUGCAGUCAUUCAUUUAUAUCUUCUUGAAUUCAUACACUUAGUAUGAUAAUUUUACACUGUUCUUAGCUCAAUGAGCAUGUUUAGACCUUAACAUAAGCUAUUUUUCUAAAUAUAAAAGGUUUAAGUGAACAAGAGAAGCAUUCUCAUUGGAAUUUUAGCAUUGAAGUGCUUUGGAAAAUAAAACAACACAACAACAACAACAACAACAAAGAGACUCCUUAAAAAAAACCCUGAGAUUUAUUAAAGAAAAAAUGUAUUUUAUGUUAUAUAUAAAUAUAUUAUUACUUGUAAAUAUAAAGACGUUUUAUAAGCAUCAUUAUUUAUGUAUUGUGCAAUGUGUAUAAACAAGAAAAAAUAAGAAAAGAUGCACUUUGCUUUAAUAUAAAUGCAAAUAACAAAAU